AUGAAGUUCUUCAUCGACGAUCUACCGAUACUCUUUCCGUAUCCGCGGAUCUAUCCUGAACAAUAUGCCUACAUGUGCGACCUGAAGAAGACGCUGGAUGCCGGCGGCCACUGUGUCCUGGAAAUGCCCUCGGGUACUGGAAAGACCGUCUCCCUUCUUUCGCUCAUUGUGGCCUACCAGCAACAUUACCCAGAACAUCGGAAACUCAUUUAUUGCUCUCGUACAAUGUCUGAGAUCGAGAAAGCAUUGGCAGAAUUGAAAGCAUUGAUGAAAUUUCGUGCCCAGGAACUUGGUCAUGUUGAAGAUUUCCGAGGCCUAGGUCUGACCAGUCGGAAGAACCUCUGUCUGCAUCCCUCAGUCAAGCGCGAGAAGAGCGGUGCUAUUGUGGACGCUCGGUGUCGGAGUCUGACAGCUGGCUUCGUCAAGGAGAAGAAGGAGAAGGGCGAGAACGUGGAUUUAUGCAUCUACCACGACAACCUAGACCUCCUGGAACCGCACAAUCUGAUUCCCAACGGCGUGUGGACUCUCGAAGGGCUUCUGAGAUACGGAGAAGAUCAUAAGCAGUGUCCAUAUUUCACGGCCAGACGGAUGAUGCAGUAUUGCAAUGUGAUCAUCUAUUCUUACCAUUACUUACUCGACCCCAAAAUUGCAGAACGAGUAUCGAAAGAAUUUUCGAAGGACUGCAUCGUCGUUUUUGACGAGGCUCACAACAUUGACAACGUCUGUAUUGAGUCGCUGAGUCAAGACAUUACGGAGGACUCGCUUCGCAAGGCAACACGAGGUGCACAAAAUCUCGAACGGAAAAUCAAUGAGAUGAGAGAGACGGACCGAGAACAACUCGAAAGCGAAUACCAAAAGCUAGUCGAGGGAUUACGUGAUCAGGACGAUGCUCGACAAGAAGACGCGUUCAUGGCGAAUCCAGUACUGCCGGAUGACCUGCUAAAAGAGGCUGUGCCAGGUAACAUUCGCAGAGCGGAACAUUUCAUCGCGUUCUUGAAGCGAUUCAUCGAAUAUCUCAAAAGCCGAAUGAAAACACGCCGAGUCACCUCGGAAACACCGACGUUUUUCCUCGACCACUUGAAGGAACACACCUUCAUAGAAAAGAAGCCGUUGCGCUUCUGUGCUGAGCGCUUGACAUCCUUGGUGCGAACCCUGGAGCUCACAAAUAUCGAGGACUAUCAAACUCUGCAAGAAGUUGCCACAUUUGCUACACUUGUGGCUACGUAUGAGAAAGGAUUCUUGUUGAUCCUAGAACCAUUCGAGUCAGACACGGCGGAGGUACCCAAUCCAGUUUUGCAUUUUACCUGUCUCGACGCAGCCAUCGCCAUAAAGCCCGUGUUUGACAGGUUCAGCUCUGUCAUCAUCACCUCAGGUACUAUCUCUCCCCUGGAGAUGUAUCCCAAGAUGCUUGGGUUUAGCGCAGUUAUCAUGCAGUCGUACGCAAUGACGUUGGCACGGAAGUCCUUCCUACCGAUGAUCGUCACCCGAGGCAGUGAUCAAGCUCCAGUAUCAACCAGUUUCCAGGUUCGCAAUGAACCAAGUGUGGUCCGAAACUAUGGAAACCUCCUUACCGAAUUUGCAAGAGUCACCCCGGACGGUAUGGUUGUCUUCUUUCCUUCCUACCUCUAUAUGGAAUCCAUCAUUAGUAUGUGGCAAGGAAUGGGGAUACUCGACCAGGUCUGGAAGUACAAGUUGAUUCUAGUCGAGACACCCGAUGCUCAGGAAACAUCGCUUGCGUUGGAAACGUACCGCACAGCUUGCUGCAAUGGCCGCGGUGCUGUAUUGCUCUGUGUCGCUCGAGGUAAAGUGUCGGAAGGUAUCGAUUUCGACCACCAUUACGGACGAACCGUGUUAUGCAUGGGCGUACCAUUCCAGUACACGGAAUCGCGUAUUCUGAAGGCGCGUCUCGAAUUCCUGCGUGAGACCUACCGCAUCCGGGAGAACGAUUUUUUAUCUUUCGACGCCAUGCGACAUGCCGCGCAAUGUCUGGGACGCGUGCUGCGAGGUAAAGAUGACUAUGGAAUCAUGGUCUUGGCCGACCGUCGCUUCCAGAAGAAGCGCGAUCAGCUGCCAAAGUGGAUCGAGCAGGCCAUGCAGGAGGUAGAUGUCAAUCUCUCCACUGACAUGGCGGUUCUAUCUGCGAAGCGUUUUCUGCGCGACAUGGCGCAGCCCUUCCGGCCUAGAGACCAAGAGGGGAUAAGCACCUGGAGCAUUGGGGAUCUGAGGAAGCACCAAGCACAGCAGGACGAGGAGCGCAUCGCGGAGCUGCAAAGGGAGCAGGAAGAGAGCAUGGCGCAGAGAGUACGCGCGCAGCAGUCUCAAACCUUCGCGCUGGACGACGAUUUUGACAUGGACGAGGAUGAAGAAAGGGAGAUGAUGGAGAUUGAUGGGAUGGCUUGA